CACCAGCAACAUUCGCACAACACAGACAGGACCAUGGGGGGACUCUCCGGCACCAACCCCUGCCCCCCAUGGGGCACUGCCUGGAUGGGCCGAAUCCUGGCAGUCUGUGUCCUGUUCUCCAGCCUCCUGCCAGCCGGGGCCAGUGUCACCCUGAUGCCGGUGCCCCCCCAGCCCCGUGUGGGGCAGGCCGUGACCCUGGCCGUUCAGGGGAUGCAGGGACCUGCCCAGCUCUGCGCCUGGUACCGAGGACUCACCACAGCGCGGUCCCAGCAGAUCCUGAUCUUUGUGCCCCCGUGGGAGCUGCACCGGGGUCCGGCCUUCACUGGGCGGGAGACGCCUGCCAACGACUGCUCCCUGCGCAUCACAGGGGUGACCCCCCAGGACAGCGGGGACUACACCCUCGUCUUCCAGGCAGGCGGGCGCUACGCCGAGGCCUUCGGGCGCCUACAGGUCUCUGGUUGACCGGAUGGGGCCGGGAUUCAUCCCCAACUAGGCCAGCAAGAAUUGGGGGGGGAGUGACCAGUCUCUCCCCCUCCCAUCCCAGCCACCAGCGACCCCACCCCUUCCCCACCCCCACUGAACCUCAAUAAAAGUCUUUGGCAGCUGA